AGGCCUGAAAAGAAAUGAGCAAUCCUCAAGACCAUAGGCAGAAAAAGUCCCCGUGAGACAGGAAGCCUGCUGGUUCCUGAUGCUUAAACUAGACAGUAGAGGCAGCACUGCCUAAUACGGAGCUUGCUUCUGCUGUGGCGUCUGUGAGCAGCUGCCGGGCUCCUCGCCAGGCUCCCUUCCCUCUCCUCACUGGCUGAUGGAUCCCAGGGGACUCCUCUCCUUGAACUUCCUGCUGUUUCUCUUCCUGGCUUUUGAGCUGAGCUGCGGAACAGGUGAGGGCUUGAUGAAUUGCCCAAAGAUCCUCGGGCGGUUGGGAAGCAGUGUGCUGCUGCCCCUGACAUCUCAAGGGAUAAGUAAGAGCAUGAACGAGAGCAUCCACAUCCUUGUCGCAAAGGCAGAAUCACAGGGAAGUAGCGUCAAGAAGAAAAUAGUCUCUCUUAGUCUGCCGGAAGGAAGCUCUGUGGGCUAUCUGGAGGAUGGUUACAAGUUUCAUCUGGAAAACCUGAGCUUGGAGAUCCCGGAAAGUAGGAAGAAGGAUGAGGGCUGGUACAUCAUGACCCUGGAAGGAAACAUUUCGGUUCAGCACUUCUGCCUGCAGCUGAAGCUCUAUGGUAAUGAGCAGAUCUCCACUCCAGAAAUUAAAGUGUUGAACCGGACCCAGGAGAAUGGGAACUGCAGCUUGGUGCUGGCCUGCAUGGUGGAGAAGGGGGACCAUGUGGCUUAUAGAUGGAGUGAGGAGGCGGUCACCCACCCACUGAGCCCAGCCAACGGCUCCCACCUCCUGUACCUCACCCUCGGCCCUCAGCAUGCCAACAAAGUCUAUAUCUGCACCGUGAGCAACCCCAUCAGCAGCUACUCCCAGACCUUCAGCCCGUGGGCGGGAUGUAGGCCGGAUCCCCCAGUAUCAAGACAAUGGGGACUGUAUGCUGGGCUGUGCUUAGGGGGCAUCGCUGGUGUCAUCAUGAUUCUCACAGUGGCAGUACUACGGUUUAGAAGAAGAGGUAAAGCAGACCAUUACCGGCCAACAAAGGAAGCAAAAAACCUUACUAUCUAUGCCCAAGUCCAGAAAUCAGGUUCUUUUCAAAAGAAACCUGAUGCCCUGCCAGCUCAGGAUCCCUGCACCACCAUUUAUGUUGCUGCCACAGAGCCUGUUCCAGAGGCUGUCCAGGAACCAAACUCCAUCACAGUCUAUGCCAGCGUGACACUUCCAGAGAGCUGACACCACAGACCCACUGAAGGGACUUUCUGAAGGAAUACGGAGGAGCCAAAAUAAACACUGAACUUGGCCCCAGGUCCCAAGUUCCCCAUGACACUCCACACAUCUGUACGCUUCUCGGAUCAACUCCCUGGUGAUGUUUUUUCCACAUCCACCUGUGAAAUGGACAAGGAAAUGAGGCUUCCCAAGCACGUAGCCUGCUCUGCAGGGCACAGGCCCAGAACAGAGAGCUGUUGGAUAGAGCUUUCCUCUCUGGUGUAGCAGACGAAAUGGAUAAUGCAGGCCCCGUGAGUCCAGACCUUCAGGUGUCUUGCUCCUUGCGGGGAAUGGAUAAUAAAAGCCAAAGCAAGAAAGCCAGGACGUCUAACACCUAUCUCAGGCAGCUGACCACCAGCCACAAAGUCUGGAACAGUUCACAUUUUGGCUGCCUAUACUCAGUUCUGAGAACUGAUCCUGAUUGCAUGCAGACGUGAUCAAGGCUCUGUGCCUCAGUUUCUCUCUCUGGAUGGGCGCUGAAGGGUGAAUUCUUUAUUAUGUGUAAAACACUCUCAGAUUAUUGUAUAAAAGAAGCUAAUAGAGUCAGUACUUUAUUUGCAAAACCCAGAAACUAAAGCGUUAAUAAACUGAAAACUUUGACAUCUCUGAGCUUUGAAUAACGGAAGGAAAAUCAUCUAAGAUUCUUAAAAGUAUAGUUCUGUGCAAAUGGCAUUCAGACUGAAAUAAAAGUGGCAAGUGUUUGGUGAUGCUGUUAUAAAGAAACUUGUAUAACUCA